GCAAUUUAAGAGCCCUCUUCUCUCUUAUUCUUCUUCCCGUUUUGCAUGUUCAUUUCUGAUUCUCCCCAAAUUGAAACCCUAACCUGGUUGUUCCGACAACUGCGCAUUCAAUUUCCCCGAUCACGUCGCUGCUUUCAUGCUCUCAAAUUGAAACCCAACCCUUGCCACUCCCACACCAGAGCUCUUGCUUUCCACAAAGGGUGACAAUAUUUGGGUUCUGUACCUGAAGAUUAAAAGUGCAGUGAUGACAUUUGGGACUAUUUUUAAGAGCUUGUGUUAUAUACAUGUUGUCAAUACCUAUCUGAUCGACCCUCUUGGGACAAUUGGUCCUAGCAUGCUUCCUACAAUCGAUUCGACAUUAAGUAUCUUCUUGACUGAAAAGAUCUCAACCCGAUUUGGUAAAGUUGAUCGUGGAGAUAUUGUAGUCUUUUGCGACCCUCAAAAACCUGGGCAUUAUCUGACCAAACGUGUGAUUGGAUUGGAGGGUGAUAGUAUUACAUACAGUUCCAAUCCUGAGACCAAUGACUUGGUGGAUGAUAAUUUUACACACAUUUCCUAUCCCGAGAACAAUGAUAAGCCUCAGACGGUUGUGGUUCGAAAGGGUAGCAUUUGGGUAGAGGGAGAUAACAAGUCUAAUAGCCGUGAUUCUAGAAAAUUUGGUCCUGUUCCUUAUGGCCUUAUUCAGAGUAAGAUAUUCUGGAGGAUAUAUCCAUUUCAAUAUUUUGGACCUUUCUGGAAUAAAUGAUAUGAAGCAAAGCAUUCAAUCAUGGAAGCUACGAUCUUUUGCAACAUGACUCUAUUUAAAUUUGAAAGGCAAAAUCCUAUCUAUUUGGACUCUAGUUUAUUUCCUAGAGGAGUGCAUUUUGCUCACCAAAGAUUCAAAUUGCUUUUGCAUUCUGUUGCUAGAUCCAUUGGUUUGCUAAUCCUUUUGGAAACCUGUUUUUUGAAGAAGGUUCUUCGAAUAAGGAUAUCAUAUUAUAAUUGCCCAGCACAUUGCUUAUCUAUAAAAUGCUUGUUUCAUGGAUGAA